CUUUAGGACAAAGCAUCAUCAGCAAUCAGCACAAUACAAAACCCACCAAAUUUAGUUAUCAAUGGGUGAGGAAUUUGCAGAUGUUGUGAUAGUAGGAGGUGGGAUUGCUGGCCUCGCCACCGCUCUCGCUCUAAAAAGGGUGGGUAUUAAUGGGGUUUUGGUUUUGGAGAAGGCGGAUGAGCUGAGAGCCACAGGAUCCGCCCUCACCCUGUUCCCCAACGCCUGGCGUGCACUCAACGCACUUGGAGUGGCUCAUAAGCUCGCCCCUCUCUACCCUCCUAUUCAAAGAGGUUCAGUGACAUUAAUUAGUAGUGGAGUUACACUUCCGCUUUCGGUUCCUGGAGACAAUGAUGGGAACGGGAUGGGGGUACGAUGUGUUCACAGGAAGGCUCUUCUUCAAGCCCUUGCAGAUGAGCUGCCAUCGCGCACCAUCCGCUUUGGCUGCCAUGUGGCAUCCAUCGAGACCCUUUCUGACUCAUCCUUUGCCCUAAUUCGUUUAGGAGAUGGAUCUUCUAUCAAGACCAAGGUUCUCAUAGGGUGUGAUGGCGUGAAUUCUGUAGUGGCUCAAUGGCUUGGGUUGAGUGCUCCCGUUCUUGCUGGGCGCUUAGCCGUGCGAGGUUUGGCAUCAUACGGUGGCCACGGGCACAAGCUUGGACACGAAGCGCUACAAUUUGUCGGCGACGGCUUGAAGGGUGGCAUUGUUCCAGUCAAUGACCAUGAACUCUAUUGGUUCCUCACCUAUAAAUCGACACCACAAGAAGUGGAGUUGGUAGGACAACCGGAAUUGAUUCGCAAAAGCGUGGCUGAGAAGACUGCUGAAAAAUUCCCCACAAAAUUCUCAGAAAUUAUCAGGAAUACGGACUUGUCUACAUUGACACUCGCACAAUUGAAACUCCGAUGUCCUUGGGACUUGAUCUUUCGAGAUUUGACACGAGGCAAUGUUGCAGUGGCUGGAGACGGAAUGCACCCUAUGACACCGGACCUUGGUCAGGGCGGGUGUUCUGCAUUGGAGGAUGCCAUUUUCUUAGGAAGAAACUUGGGAGAAGCAUUUCAAAGAAACAAUUUUGAUGGAUCAUCAGUGGAAGAAAGCUUGAAGAAGUAUGCUAGAGAAAGGAAAUGGAGGGCAGCAGGUCUAAUAAGUGCAUCUUAUUUUUCAGGAUGGAUUCAGGGACACAACGGCUGGUUUGUGCAGUUGGUGAGGGAUAAAUUACUUUCAAAGAUCUUCUAUAGCAGGGGCGUACGUUCACUUGAUUACGAUUGUGGAGAGCUGCCUGUUGUUUCCUCUGGUUGAUUUUUGUUCUGCACUUUUUUUUUUGGAGUUAUGAUUUGAUUGAUUAUGAUUAUGGGGAGUUGCAUAUUGUUUUUUCA